AUGAAAAAAAGGGAUUAAUUAAGCCAUUUCUUAAGAUUAGUACAAUACUGCCUACCUAAUUUAAGACUACGAAAUUAAUUCAUAAUAAUUGUAGCCAUUUUAGUUUUGCUAAUUGUUGCAAUAUUUGCUAUAUGGAAUUUGGCACAUUAGUAUAUUUUAAAUAGCUUAUUUUUGGAUGAGUCUGAUAAAUUAUAUGAUACUCAAUCUAAAAUACGAAUAUCAUUUAUGUUAAAUAACUAUAAAUCUUAUUUCUAUUAAAUAUUUGCUUUAAGUAAUGAAUCAUAUUUUUAAUAAUAGAUGGGAAUGCCUUAAUUUCAUUUCAUAGAUUGUAUUUAAGAACCAAAAAUGAAGUAGUUAAAAGCUCUCUUUAAAUUGAUAAAAGAUUUUAAAUGGAUUAUGAAGGAAUAAUUUAAAUUCCUGAUCCUCUUAGAAUUCUGAAUGAAUAUGGAUCAAAUAUAUCAAACUCAUUUAUGUGCUAUUCCAAUACUUCUGCAUAUAAUUCACCUUUGACUGAAGAAUAAAGGAUAGGUAUUAAACUUUAAGAGCAGAUCUAAGCUUAUGGAUAAAUGUUAUACUAAGGAUCAUUAAUUAUGUAAUCAAAUAUAUAUUCUUAUAUUGAACUAUAAAAGAUAAAUAAUUUAUAUCCUUGUGUUAAUAGAGGAAAAGGUAUUUAUACUUAUGCUCCAGAAAAGAGAGAUUGGUACAAAACUUUAAAGCAAACAUAUUAUAAUACUACUUAGUAUGAUUAAUAUACAUUAAAAUUUACUGCUCCUUAUUUAUGUAAUUAGUAAUUGAUAAUAAAAAAGUAUUUACAUAUUAAACAAUUGGAUUGUCAAUGACUUUACCGAUAGUGGAUGAAAAUGUAAAAUUUGUUGGUGGAGUUUCUUCAACGUUUUUAGGCUCUAAAUUAGUUUAAUAUUUAUCAAAUAACGAAACAGGAUUUUAAUUAAUUUAUUUAGUGUCAGAAGAUGGUACUUUAAUUAUGCAUCCUUUUACAGUUCAAGCUAAUUAUCUACCACUUUUUAUAUAUAAUGAAUCUUACACUGGAUUUAAUUUAACAGAUUGGAAUGAAAUUAAAAAUAAAGAUGGGAUUUCAUCAUGUCUAACCUUCAAUCUUAGAACUACAUUAAAAUGUAGAUUUAAUUCAGUUACUUAAUAAGAAAUGAUAGUUAGUAUUGAAAAUUUAACCGAAUAUAAAAUGUAUCUAAUUAUGUAAUUAAUAAUAUAAAAUACAUUAAAUAGGUUGCUGAGUAGUGAAGAAUAUGUUACCUUUACAAGCUCUUUUCAUACAAAAUUACAGUAAAAUUUAAUUAACGAAACUCUUGUUUAAAUAUCUUCCUUAAUAAUUUUAUUUUUUGUGUUAUGUUUAAUUAUCAUAAUAGUUACUUAAAUUUUAUUUUAGCCAGUAGAGAUUAUAGUUAAUACAACUUAAUAAUGGCUGCAUAAAAGAAAGUAACAUGUUUAAUUAAUUAUUCCAAAAAUGACUUAGUUAGUUGUAAGUAAUGAAAUUUAAAUGCUCGAAAAAGCUUGUUAAUAUAUGUAUAAAAUAUUAGAAAUGACUUCUUUCCAUAAAUCAGAGCAAUGUGAAGCAAUUGAAAAAAUAUAAUAUCCAACACAUUAAAUUUAAAUUACACCUUUUAUUGAAUAUUAUCGAUUUAUAGAGAGCAUGAAUGGAAAAAAAUAGAAUAAAAUCAAAAAUUAUGUUCAAGAUAAGUUAAAAAUAUAAAGAAUUUUCAAUUCUAUUUUAAAAACGAAAAUAAAUAUCAAAUCAUAAAUUUGA